AUGUCGUGGGAACAGCUCGUGUCUAAGAAAAAGGAAACCCUACGGGACGCUAUCCCCCAAGAAUGGAGGCUCAACCCGGACGUUCUAGCGAGCCUCACGGGCAACAGUCGUCUCAUGGCGCUAGACCCGGUCAGAAAGUCAGGAAUCCUCAAUGGCCUCGAGGUUGAAAUCACCGAGAAAUACUCUGCGGCCCAAUUAGUGAGCAGUAUGGCGCGGGGAGACCUCAAGGCUGUCGAGGUGGUGACGGCGUUUUGCAAGAGGGCGGCCAUCGCUCAGCAGCUCCUUUCCUGUCUCACUGAGAGUUUCUUCCAAGAAGCUAUUGAGUAUGCUCAACGUCUGGACGAGUACUAUGCAGCAAAUGGCAAGCCCAUUGGCCCUUUGCACGGUCUACCGAUCAGUCUCAAGGACACGUUCAAGGUUAUCGGGCACGAUGCCACCGCAGGUUUCGUAGCGGGCCUUAAACUCGGACCCGCCAAGGAGAACUCGUCCCUGGUGGACUUGUUGAUCAGUGCAGGAGCAGUCUUGUACGUCAAGACAAAUGUUCCACAGACUAUGAUGACAGCCGACUCGGAGAACAACAUCUUUGGCCGUACCCUCAACCCUCACAACACGGAGUGGACGGCCGGUGGUUCCUCAGGCGGCGAGGGCGCUCUUAUAGCCUUUCGCGGGUCUCUUCUUGGAGUUGGUACUGACAUUGCCGGCUCGAUCCGUAUCCCGUCCAUGUGCUGUGGGACAUAUGGUUUCAAGCCUACCAACAACCGAGUACCCUAUGGGAAGCAAUCAGAGGGAGUCUUUCUGAGCCUUCCGGGUCCUUACCCAUCAGCAGGUCCGUUGGCGAACUCACUCGAGGAUAUUCAACUCUUCAUGGAUGCCGUCAUCAAUGGGCGUCCGGCAAAGUACGACAGCACGGCGUUGGACUUGGAUUGGAGGACCCCGAAGCUACCUUCUAAGCUUUGCAUUGGAGUUGUUCCCGAGGAUCCAACUUACCCAGUUCACCCCCUUAUCCGAAGAGCCAUGGACUCUGCCAUCGAAAGUCUGACCAGUGCUGGCCACAAAGUGAUCCGCUUACCGCACGAUCCAGCACAUGGUGUCGAGAAGGGUCUCCUCAUAGCAUUCCAGUACUACGAGUUGGGUCACGAGCCAGGCGAAGACCUCGCGGCCAUACUAGGAGAGCCCCUGGUCAAGUCUGUGGCGGCAAAUGCACACCCCUUCACACACGUCUCGAGGCUUGUGCCUUUAGACACAGAUCCCCUGCAUAAGCUUGACAAGCUGGAUAGACUGAGAAACGCCUACAUCGCUGAAUGGAAGCGGACGUGGUUCGACAACGGCUUGGAUGCUCUCCUGGCACCCGGGGCGGACAAGACAGCUGUGCCACAUGAUACAUAUGGCAUGAUGCCAUACACGUGUCUGUUUAAUUUGUUAGAUUUUCCAUCAUGCCUCAUCCCCACGGGAAAGGUUUCGAAACACCUGGACCCAGAGCCAGUCAAGAUGACAGCGGGGUUCACCCCUGAUUACGACCCUGAAGCACAGGAUGGUGCACCCUGUGGAAUUCAAGUUGCCACCUUGUCACUGAGGGACGAGGAGUGUCUUGUAGCCGCGAGUAUUAUCGACAGGGAUAUCAAAGGGCUGCAGAUUGCUUCUGCUCACGUGUGA